UUUGAAACGCCGAGGUCUCGGGUUCAGUGAGAGCUGCUCGCCGCAGCCAUGACAGUGGAGUUCGAGGAGUGCAUCAAGGACUCGCCGCGCUUCAGGAUUCAAAGUCUCAGCCCUUCAGGAAAGAGUGAAGCUUUCCAAAGAGUGAUGGCCCAGAACCUUUGAAGAUUCCUAGAUGGGGCAGCCUAAAUUAAGGACAUACUGAACUAUGUUUCAUGUAUCCUGCAGACCCUUCACCCAGGGCAACCAUUGAUGAGGUAGAAACAGAUGUGGUUGAGAUCGAGGCCAAACUGGACAAGCUGGUCAAGCUGUGCAGUGGUAUGAUCGAGGCUGGCAAAGCCUAUGUCACCACGAACAGGCUCUUUGUGAGUGGCGUCCGAGACCUGUCCCAGCACUGCCAGGGCGAUACCGUUAUCUCGGAAUGUCUGCAGAGGUUUGGAGACAGCCUCCAGGAGAUGGUCAACUACCACACGAUACUGUUUGACCAGGCUCAGAGGUCCGUGCGGCAGCAGCUUCACAGCUUCGUCAAAGAGGAUGUACGGAAAUUCAAGGAGACAAAGAAGCAGUUUGACAAAGUGCGGGAGGACAUGGAACUCUCCUUGGUGAGGAAUGCGCAGGCCCCUAGGCAUCGGCCUCAUGAGGUGGAGGAGGCCACAGGUGCUCUCACCCUCACCCGGAAAUGCUUCCGUCACCUGGCACUGGACUAUGUGCUACAGAUCAAUGUCCUCCAGGCCAAGAAGAAAUUUGAGAUAUUGGAUUCUAUGCUGUCCUUCAUGCACGCCCAGUACAGCUUCUUCCAGCAGGGAUACAGCCUCCUGCACCAGCUAGAUCCCUACAUGAAGAAGCUGGCAGCUGAGCUGGACCAGCUGGUGAUUGACUCCGCCGUGGAAAAGCGUGAAAUGGAGCGCAAGCAUGCUGCUAUCCAGCAGCGGACAUUGCUGCAAGACUUCUCUUAUGAUGAACCAAAAGUAGAGUUCGAUGUGGAUGCCCCCAGUGGCGUGGUGAUGGAGGGCUACCUCUUCAAGAGAGCUAGCAAUGCCUUCAAGACAUGGAACCGGCGCUGGUUCUCCAUUCAGAACAGCCAGCUGGUCUACCAGAAGAAGCUCAAGGAUGCACUGACUGUGGUAGUUGACGACCUACGCCUGUGCUCCGUGAAGCCAUGUGAGGACAUCGAGCGGAGGUUCUGCUUCGAGGUCGUGUCACCCACCAAGAGCUGCAUGCUACAGGCUGACUCUGAGAAGCUGCGGCAAGCCUGGGUACAAGCUGUGCAGGCCAGCAUUGCCUCUGCAUACCGGGAGAGCCCAGACAGCUGUUAUAGUGAGAGGCUGGACCGCACAGCAUCGCCAUCAACAAGUAGCAUCGACUCUACUACGGACUCUCGAGAUCGUGGAGUCAAGGGCGAGAGUGUGUUGCAGCGGGUGCAGAAUGUGGCCGGCAAUAGCCAGUGUGGUGACUGUGGCCAGCCAGACCCUCGUUGGGCCAGCAUCAACUUGGGUGUGCUGCUCUGUAUCGAGUGCUCAGGCAUCCACAGGAGCCUGGGUGUCCACUGCUCUAAGGUGCGAUCCCUUACACUGGACUCCUGGGAGCCAGAGCUGCUAAAGCUGAUGUGUGAGCUUGGGAACAGCACCAUAAACCAUAUCUAUGAGGCCCAAUGUGAAGGCCCAGGCAGCAAGAAGCCCACAGCUAGUAGCCCCAGGCAGGACAAGGAGGCUUGGAUUAAGGACAAAUAUGUCGAAAAGAAGUUUCUGCGGAAGCCACCUACUGCACCCACACGGGAAGCCCCAAGACGCUGGAGAGCUCAGAAGUGCCAGCGCCCCCACAGCUCUCCCCAUGCUCCCACCACUCGCCGCAAGGUCCGGCUUGAGCCCGUCCUGCCCUCCAUCGCUGCUCUGUCUUCAGCCAGCACUUUGGAGCGCAAGUUCCGCCGGGACUCCCUCUUCUGCCCUGAUGAGCUGGACUCCCUCUUCUCCUACUUCGAUGCAGGCGCUGGGGCUGGUCCACGCAGUCUGAGCAGUGACAGUGGCCUGGGAGGCAGCUCUGAUGGCAGCUCAGAUAUUCUGGCCUUUGGCUCCAGCUCCGUGGUGGACAGUGUCACUGAGGAGGAAGGUGCUGAGUCAGAGGAGUCCAGUGGUGAAGUGGAUGGAGAUGCUGAGGCUGAGGCCUGGAGCCUCGCAGAUGUACGAGAACUGCAUCCUGGGCUACUGGCACAUCGCGCUGCACGCACUCGUGAUCUCCCAACGCUGGCCGCAGCACUGGCCCACGGAGCCGAAGUCAACUGGGCUGAUGCAGAGGAUGAGGGAAAGACGCCACUGGUGCAGGCUGUGAUAGGGGGCUCCUUGAUUGUCUGUGAAUUCCUUCUGCAAAAUGGAGCUGAUGUGAACCAAAGAGACAGCCGGGGCCGGGCACCUCUGCACCACGCCACACUCUUAGGCCAUACUGGUCAGGUCUGCCUAUUCCUGAAGCGGGGGGCAGACCAGCAUGCCCUGGACCAGGAGCAGCAGGACCCACUGACCAUCGCAGUACAGGCGGCCAAUGCAGACAUUGUCACUCUGCUCCGCCUGGCCCGUAUGGCUGAAGAGAUGCGGGAGGCCGAGGCUCCCCCAGGCCAGCCAGCCCCACUGGCAGGCAGCAGCCCCACAGAGCUGCAGUACCGCAGGUGCAUCCAGGAGUUCAUUGGCCUCCAUCUGGAGGAAAGCUAGGGCCUGGCAGGCUGGGCAGCUGUGGGAUCCCCACCUUGGCCCCCACCAGCCCAGCCUGGAAUUCUUGCAUGUCCCUGAAGACCCUGGCCCCUAUCUAGCCAUGGCCCUGCCUGUGACAACCAUGUGUCCAUCCUGACAGCCCCAGUGCCCAGGUGCUCCCGGAGUUCCCACUCCCCUGCUCUUUCCUCCUUCUGGCUGCCUAGAAACUCAGCCUGAGAGAGGGACCCCAGCACUGAGUCUUUUGAAGCCUCACAUUUUUGGGGUGACUGCAUCGGGGUGCCCCUUGUUCCAUCUGGGCUACCCCUAUAUUCAUGUGGCCCCUUCUUCAGGGGUAUGGGCUGUUCAUGUCACAAACCACUUUUGAGGCUCAUGUCACUUUGUGCCCCUCUGCCCUCUGGGCCUGUGUCACCUUGUGCCCUAUGUUUACUGCUCCAGAACACUGACCUGCUAGCUGGGUCACUCUUACACACCCCCAGAGUUCUUCCUCCAGCCUGAGGCUGGUGGCUGGCUGCCAGCACCUUCCCCAGCAGGAAUGGUGGCCCACCCAGGGAACCAACCCAAGUACCUCGCUCAGUGACCCCAGCAUCCAGGUUGGGAUGUGAGGGUGCUGGAGGGGAGAGCUCUGGCCUGGGCCUUCCCCACCUUGGCUGGAUGCAGGCAUCCGAAGGCCACGUGGCUGGCCACUCAGGUCCUUGUGCCUGAGGUCCCAGGCCUAGCCCAUCUUCCUCAGAGGCACUAUCUCUGGUACUUGGGGCCAGAGCCCCAUGCAUAAAGCAACUGGCACUUUCCACCUUGUGCCCAAUGUUCUUUGUUACUGACUGAGUGGAUUUUCUACAAUGACCUCAUUCUGACUUUGCAUCUUUUCUGUGUGGACUCUCAAGGACACCCUGAUUCUGGAUCUGCCUGCUAGUGGGGGAAGGCCCCAUAGAUCUGCCCUAACCCCCUCACCAGCCUUACCUUUUGGGCUGGAACUCUGAUGGGUCAUGGGGUCCCUAACUCAUUUGGGAACCCCACCAAUGCCUUCAAUUUCCUAUUUUCUGAAGGAGUCCCAGGACAGAGGCUGGACUCCUCUGCAAUUUUGGGCCCUUGGUUAGGCUAAGGCCAGUCAGCUGGUCACUAUGCAAACAUUGCCCUGGGAGGUUCCAUGGGCAGUAAGGUCAGCACAGGACCGGGGCCCUAACUCCCUUGCUUGCUGGCUGUGGUCCUAAAGAACAGAAUUAGCUCCUUCCUCCCUGCUUGAGCUCUGCCCACCGCCUGCCUUGCCACCUUAGGGCUGGCGGGACCCUACCCCCUCCUGCUCUGAUCACUCUUGGUUAAUAAACCUCUGCCGCUUGCA